AGCGCCCUGCCGCCGUUUGUCCCCGCCGCGCCCCCGUAGCGGCCCGCCGGGGCAGGGCGUUGCGGGGCGGCGUCGCUAUAGCGACAUGGGCUAGGCCGCGGCCUGCCUCGGGCCCGGCGGCACCGGGCCGGCAGCGGGAGCGGGAUGCGCCAUGGCGUCGGUGAAGGUGGCCGUGAGGGUGCGGCCCAUGAACCGCAGGGAGAAAGACCUCAAUGCAAAGUUUAUUAUUUCAAUGGAGAAAAAUAAAACGACAAUCACCAACUUAAAGAUACCAGAGGGUGGAACUGGAGACACAGGAAGAGAAAGAACUAAGACAUUUACCUAUGAUUUUUCCUAUUUCUCAGCAGACAGUAAAAGUCCCAGCUUUGUUUGUCAAGAAACGGUUUUCAAAAAUCUUGGUACAGAUGUACUUAAAUCUGCUUUUGAAGGUUAUAAUGCUUGUGUUUUUGCAUAUGGACAGACUGGAUCUGGGAAGUCCUACACCAUGAUGGGAAAUGUGGGUGAUGCUGGCUUAAUACCUCGGAUUUGUGAAGGAUUAUUCAGCAAAAUAAGUGAAAAAACAAAGCGGAAUGAGGCAUCCUUUCGAACAGAAGUCAGUUAUUUGGAAAUUUAUAAUGAACGUGUGAGAGAUCUUCUCAGACGGAAGUCAUCAAAAACGAAUAAUUUACGAAUACGAGAACAUCCAAAAGAAGGGCCGUAUGUUGAGGAUUUGUCUAAACACUUGGUGCAAAAUUAUGCUGAUGUAGAGGAACUGAUGGACGCAGGAAAUAUGAACAGAACUACAGCAGCGACUGGGAUGAAUGAUGUCAGUAGUAGGUCUCAUGCCAUUUUCACAAUCAACUUCACUCAGGCUAAAUUUGAUUCUGAAAUGCCUUGUGAGACUGUUAGCAAGAUUCAUUUAGUAGAUCUUGCUGGAAGUGAGAGAGCAGAUGCCACUGGUGCCACAGGGGUUAGAUUAAAGGAAGGAGGGAAUAUUAACAAAUCUCUAGUUACUCUGGGAAAUGUCAUUUCUGCCUUAGCUGAUUUAUCUCAGGAUGCAACAAAUCCUCUUUCAAAGAAGAAACAAGUAUUUGUGCCUUACAGAGACUCCGUGUUGACUUGGCUGUUAAAAGAUAGCCUCGGAGGAAACUCUAAAACUAUAAUGAUUGCCACUAUUUCACCUGCUGAUGUCAAUUAUGGAGAAACUUUAAGUACACUUCGCUAUGCAAAUAGAGCCAAAAACAUCAUCAACAAGCCUACUAUUAAUGAGGAUCCUAACGUCAAACUGAUCCGUGAGCUGAGAGCUGAAAUAGCCCGAUUAAAAGCCUUGCUUGCUCAAGGGAAUCAGAUUGCUCUCUUGGAUUCUCCGACAGCUUUAAGUAUGGAGGAAAAGCUUCAACAGAAUGAAGCAAGGGUACAAGAACUGACCAAAGAAUGGACCAACAAGUGGAAUGAAACCCAAAAUAUUUUGAAAGAACAAACAUUGGCUUUGAGGAAAGAAGGGAUAGGUGUUGUGCUAGAUUCUGAACUGCCUCAUCUAAUUGGCAUUGAUGAUGAUCUUCUUAGUACUGGUAUCAUCUUGUAUCACUUGAAGGAGGGCCAGACAUAUGUUGGCAGAGAAGAUGCUGUGACAGAACAGGACAUUGUUCUUCAUGGUCUUGAUUUGGAAAGUGAGCAUUGCAUCUUUGAAAAUCUCAAUGGUACUGUGAAUCUUAUACCACUGAAUGGAGCGCAGUGUUCUGUGAAUGGAAUUCAGAUUACUGAGGCCACGCACCUAAACCAAGGUGCUGUUAUAUUACUUGGAAGAACCAAUAUGUUUCGCUUUAACCACCCCAAAGAAGCUGCUAAACUAAGGGAAAAAAGAAAGAGUGGACUGCUGUCUUCCUUCAGCUUGUCUAUGACAGAUCUUUCAAAAUCUUGUGAGAACCUAUCAGCCGUUAUGCUUUAUAAUCCAGGGCUAGAAUUUGAGAGACAACAACGAGAGGAGCUUGAAAAAUUAGAAAGUAAAAGGAAACAAAUAGAAGAAAUGGAGGAGAAACAAAGAUCUGACAAAGCAGAACUUGUAAGAAUGCAACAAGAAGUAGAGUCACAGCGCAAAGAAACAGAAAUAGUACAGCUGCAAAUUCGAAAACAGGAAGAGAGUCUGAAACGCAGAAGUGUUCACAUUGAGAGCAGGUUAAAGGAUUUGCUGGCUGAAAAAGAAAAAUUUGAAGAAGAGAGAUUGCGGGAACAACAGGAGAUAGAGCUUCAAAAGAAGAAGCAGCAGGAAGAAAUUUUUGCCCGUGUCAAAGAGGAAUUGCAGCGCCUACAAGAACUUAAUCAUAAUGAAAAAGAAGAGAAAAUGCAGAUUUUCCGAGAAUUAGAAAAACUUAAAAAGGAGAAGGAUGAACAAUAUGUUAAGCUGGAAUCAGAAAAAAAGAGGCUUGAAGAACAAGAAAGGGAGCAGGUGAUGCUUGUGGCUCAUCUAGAAGAACAGCUUCGAGAAAAGCAGGUCAUGAUACAGCUCCUGAAGAGAGGGGAUGUACAAAGACUUGAAGAAGAGAAAAGAGAUCUUGAAGAUAUCAGGGAAUCUCUUUUGAAAGUCAAGGAAGCCCGAUCUGAAGGUGAUGAAAACUGCGAAGAGUUAGAAAAAGCACAGGAUAGUUUCAUAGAGUUUAAAAGGAAACAACUAGAACAGUUGACUAUUUUGGAAAAAGAUUUAGUUCAACAAAUGGAUCACCUAGAAAAGGAAAUUGCACAUGAAAAAGGAGCUGUAGAACACUUAAAAUUUGCACAGGAAGAACAUGUAAAUUUAAAGAAAGAUGAAAACUUUGCAGAUGCUGUACUCAAGGCUGACGAAUUUGACAAGAUAAAGACAGUGGAAUACAGGCUUCAAUCUAAAGUACGGCGGCUUGAGUACCUGAAGAGUAAUCAUUUGCCAGCACUGCUGGAAGAAAAGCAAAGAGCUUCUGAAGUCCUCGAUAGGGGCUUCUUAGGAUUAGAUAAUACUCUCUAUCAAAUAGAGAAAGAAAUAGAAGAAAAAGAGGAGCAGCUUGCACAAUAUAGAGCUAGCACAAAUCAGUUGCAGCAGCUUCAAGAAACAUUUGAAUUCACAGCCAAUGUAGCUCGGCAGGAAGAAAAAGUUCGGAAGAAGGAAAAAGAAAUCCUUGAAUCAAGGGAAAAACAGCAGAGAGAGGCACUGGAACAAGCUGUUGCUAAGUUAGAAAGGAGGCAUUCUGCUUUGCAGCGUCGUUCUACAAUAGACUUUGAAAUUGAAGAGCAGAAACAGAAGCUUGCUACCUUGAACAACAGCUGCAGCGAGCAGGCAGGUCUGCAGGCUAGUCUAGAAGCUGAGCAAAAAGCCCUUGAACAAGACCGGGAACGCCUGGACCAGGAAAUUCAGCAGCUGAAACAAAAAAUUUAUGAGGGUGAUGGUGGUCAGAAAGGAAAUCAUGGAACAUUAGAAGAGAGACUGUCCCAUACCAAUUCCCCUGCCAGUCCAACAAAGCCACAGCCACCCUCUGCUCCACUAGUUGAUGAUAGGAUAAAUGCCUUUAUUGAACAAGAAGUGCAGCGAAGGCUCCAAAAUAUUCAUCAUAAAGCUGAAGAUAAUGAUGGUACCCUGUUCUGGUCUACAGAAAGUUUUAAGGAUAAUGAGAGACUUAAUAAUGGCACUGUUCAGCGCAAGCUGAAGUAUGAGCGGAUGGUCUGUCGUUCUCUGGGAGCAAAUCCAGAUGACCUAAAGGACCCAAUUAAAAUUAGUAUUCCACGCUAUGUCCUGUGUGGGCAGGGAAAGGAUGAACACUAUGAGUUUGAAAUAAAGAUAACAGUCCUGGAUGAGACGUGGACAGUAUUCAGGCGGUACAGUCGUUUUCGGGAAAUGCAUAAAACUUUGAAGUUGAAGUACCCAGAGCUUGCUACUUUAGAAUUCCCUCCGAAGAAGCUCUUUGGAAACAAGGAUGAACGAGUGAUUGCAGAAAGACGGAGUCACUUAGAGAAAUACCUCAGGAGCUUUUUUGCUGCAAUGCUGAAAUCUCCAUCAUCUCCACUGCACAUUGAUAAAGUGGGGUCAACUCUGUCUAAACACACCAUCUGUGAAUUCUCACCCUUCUUCAGGAAAGGAGUUUUUGACUAUAGCAGCCAUGGGACCAGCUAACUUGCCAGGACUGUUGUGCCGGAGGAGCACAGACAGUGGUGCCUUCACUCGUGGUACAAGGAGAAUGAGGGGGAAGAAAAAAGGGUAUCUUCUUUCAUGCCUGAGAAGUUGCAUCAAACCAACUCCAGCUAAAGACAGCUAUGCCCUGACGCUAGCUUUUGUCCUCUGCCACUUCGCAUUAAUAUGAGAAGUGCCUGCAUUUUCCUGGCAUGGGGUAUGCAGACGUUGUGUGAGUUGCUCUGUUAAUACCGUACAAAAGUUCUGACUCACAUGCUGGGUUUGGAUCAGCUCCUCAGUAGGAACGCUUCCCUCACUUCUGCUCAGACAAUUUGUUAUGGUCGUGUGAGAUCAUCUCGUGUUGCCUGUGCUGGUGUGUCAUACUGACAGGGUUUUUGAGCAGCCUUUCGGUUUCUGUCCAAGUUGCUCCUUAAAGAACAUUGCCUCUUUUGAUUCCUUAUAGCAUACUGUGGCAUUUAAGGUAAUGCUCAUACUCUGCUGUUGUUUCUUUUUUUUCCCCAGGACACAUGUUAUAAGUAUUUGACUGUACAAUUGUAUAGUUUUUCUUAGAAGAAUUUAAGGGCCUGAGUGACUUGAAUGUUUACAAAAUAUAUGCAGCAGAAAGAAUAUCAUUUAAAACCCGUAGAAGUCUUCCACACUUGGUUAUUUUGAAGCAGAAUAAAUCACUUGCCACUAAUUAAGAAGUAAAGGAAGCAAUAGUUAACUGAAGAAUGCGGUCAGCAUCUUUUCACAUUUUCUAAUUACCUGGACCGUAAGUGGAUACUGUGCAGUGUACAGAGCGCAAAGCUAUGCAUAAAGCUAAUGCAAAGUGCUAUAUUUCUGUUUUUGAAAAACAGCUUCUUCACAAGAGCAUAACACUGUAAGACCUCAAUUUUAUUUGCAUCAGUUAAAAUUUACAGGAUUUUACUAACAGUACUUUAAAAUUACUCAGGAUUUAUUCAGACUUGCACAUGUAUAUACAGGUAGAACUCAUUUUAUAUUGCUGCGGAUCCAAAAAUAUGUAUACACUGUGACUGGAAUUGGGUACAUGUACAUGUUAAUGUAUAAUUGGUUGUAUAAAAAGCAGAAUAAAGCGGCUUUCGGUUAUUAAAAUGCAUAAUGGAAGGUAAGUUUUGUGUGCCAUUUCUUAGGAGUGUGAAGCAUUAUUUGGGAGUUGCCAUCAUUGACCACUGGUAGGUCUUGGUAAUCAAACUAUUUCAUGUUUUGGAAAAUGGUUAUUAAAACCUGAAGCAACAACACUGGUAACAUUUUUAU